UAUAUAAGUGGAUUGAGAAAUAAUAGCAACAAAUUUAUUGUCCCAAAAAAAAAACUAUAAUCAUGCACUGAAAAACAACCUUUUGUCAACAAAAGAAUGGCACAAAUACCCAUUGAUAAAGUGUAAGAUAACAGAUAGUCAGUAUCUAACUAGUUUUGUGUUUUUUUUAAAGGUAACUUAAUUACUUUUUUGUAGCAAAAUGUUUUAUAAUUAGAUUCAUUUUCAUGUUGUGAAGAAUACAACUUUCUACAUCAGAUGAAAUAUAUGUUAAAGAAAGCAUUAAAAAUAAGAAUAACAAAUCAUACCGCUCUUCAUUACCAGAACCUCCGCCACCUAUUAUGAAUAAGUCCAAUGCUAAAAAGAUGCAAAAUGUUAUUCUCAACGAGCUUGCAGAAAUAAAAAUUCUUUUAAAAGAAGUUAUAGAAACUAAGUUUCAGGCUACUUGGGUGAAAUUGCUAGAAUCAGUGGACGAAGUGGUUACACUGGAUAAUAAACUAAAAGAUAAAACCCAGUAUACUAAUUUGCUUGAUAGUUUGAAAAAGAUUGGUGGUGGAAAGCCAAGAGAACAUGUUUUUUUGAUCAUGAAAAGUUUAUUGUUAAAAUAUUUAUCAGGUUAUUUUCGAAUCAGUUACAGUCCAAAUUCAAAAGAAAUGGGGAAAAGAUAAGCUUAGAAAAUCUAGUAAAUAUAUGGAGUGUUUUACGAGAUAUCGGCGACGUGGAAGAAAAUGUUGACGGCAAUGCAGAAAUAUAGUUUCUUAUGUAUAUUUAUGUGAAAUAAAAAUUAAGUAAUGUUAGUUAAAA